AAGAAGGAUUAUCAAGCUUUGAGUAAGGCGAUAUCAAUAACUCUAUAUGCCCCCAAAUCGUCAAGAGCCUGUUUCCAUUGCGUCGUGACACAUAUCUUUGUGUUCUGUAGGUCGGUUUCUCGGUAGGAGAACUCGUGGACGGUGGUCAGUCCCUGGUUCUCUCCUCUGGACGCGUGAUGACGUCAUUCCAAGGCCUGGGACUAACUCGUCUCAUGCUAGAGGAUUUACGCAGUCACUUCCUGUCACUCGGGGUCAGGGUCAGGCGAGAAAUGAUGGUGACUAAAGGGACUGAGCUGGCAGCAAGCAAACCGUCUUUCUCAGAGGAGUACAAAGAGCGUCUAACAAGGGAUAUACUGUGCUAUGAUAUGGACUCGCAUGAUCAAGAACAAUAUCUCCACCAUUGUGAAGGGGACUUAAGCCAGUCACUCCAGUGCCAUGUUCUUGAUGCAGCUCGCUUGGAAGAGAUGUCCAAAGUGUUACACAUGUCAACGAAACCCACGGAGCGACAACUCGUGGUCAACUGGACCCCUCUUUGCCUCCAACCUGAGAACAUUCCAAAGUUAUGCCCCUCGAAUGGAUACAGUCUGAUUUCUUUCGCUUUUUCUGAGAGAGAAAGCGCAUCUAUGUUCGAGUCGUUUGCGAACAUUAACGAUAGCCAUAGCUUUACACAAGGCAAAACAACUCAAACUACUGAUAUUCAAAGGCCUGAGGAGGAUUCUUGUCACACGGAGAAGCAACCUAUUCGAUUUGAGAUUGGCGCUGAGCAAACAGAGAGCAAAAGUUCGCACAUGAUGUUACGUUCGUCGUCAAUAGUUGGGACAAGCGUUGCUGUGGAGACAAGUGAAAACACGAACUCAAGCCUUGCACAUCGCAACUUUUCUGCGCGGUCUGACAACGAUUUUCGUUAUCAAAGUCAUCAAGCACCAGCUUUAUUAAGUUUUGGUAACUUCUUUCAAUGCCGUCUGGGCCUCGCCUACAAUCUGGACUUACAUUUGUUGAACCUCAGUGAUCGCAGUUACUAUAUUCGGCAGGAGGAGCUUACACACCAUCUGUUAUUGCACGUGAGAAAAGCAUUUGAGGUGUCUGCCGGGGUGGGCGGCAUUCACUUUCUUAUGUUUCUAGACUGCAACCCAGGACUACAGCGAUGUGUGAAAGAAAUCAUGGAGGGGAAAUUUCGACUGAGACGAGGGGUUUGGUCAUCUGCUCAGCAGCACUUGUACAUUAAAAAGAUCGUAUGACAUGUAUACCUUUAAUAAACUACACAGUGCGCUGCCGAUCCAAUUCAGUCAAAUUGAGUUAGGGUUAGCCAAAUUUUCCUUCAUGGAGGAACCGAAGCCACAAUUUAGAGGCACAGUACAACCAAUUCGACCAGCGAACUUGUAAAACAAAAGCGUUUGAUUUUGAAGGUUGCAAUCAAAUUUACUCGAAAUCGGUUGGAUGGUGUCAACAUGGUAGCUUUUGCCACUCCAUGGAGAAAAGUCUGGAUGGCCCCGACUCAUUCAAAUGAAUUUGAUUGACAGUAUGCACUCUGUGUAAAUAUAU